AUGACCGCGACAACACCGAUAGAUCUCGAGAAGGGUCUGACCCCCGACACGGAGGUCGAGAUCGAUUCUCGCCCGACCUCGAUCGGGCUCAAGGACGACGACAUCCCCGUCAAGAUGUCCCCGCUCGAGAAGUUCCAGUACUACAACCACAAGCUCGAGUCCAUGAUCGGCAUUGAGGCUCGUGGUAUCGAGCGUGUCCCCGACGACGAGCGCCACGACACCCGCCUGUGGGGCAACCUGACCAUCUGGCUCAGUGCGAACUGCGUCCUCCCCACCUUUGGAACCGGUAUCCUCGGACCUCUGACCUUCGGCAUGGGCCUCGGAGACUCAAUGCUCACGAUCUUCUUCUUUGUUAUUUUUGCCUCGACGCUCCCGGCGCUCUGCUCAACAUUCGGCCCCAAGCUGGGUCUGCGCCAGAUGACGUCCGCGCGCUACGCGUGGGGCUACUGGGGCGCCAAGUUUGUCGCCGUCCUGAACUGCAUCGCCUGUGUCGGCUGGAGUAUUGCCAACACCAUUGUCGGCGCGCAGACGCUGUGCGCCGUCGGAGAGUGGACCUUCUCGGCCGCCGUCGGCACCGUCAUCAUCGGAAUGGGCACGCUCGCCCUCGGCCUGUGCGGUUACAAGGUGAUCCACCACUUUGAGCAGGUCGCGUGGAUCCCUACGGCUGCUACGUUCUUCGUCGUCAUCGGCGUCGCCGCCAAGCACCUCGUCAACACCCCCAUGCCGGUCGGACAGGCCGAGGCGGCCAGCGUGCUCUCGUUCGGCGGCGUCGUCUUUGGCUUCUGCAUCGGCUGGGUCUCCCUCGCGUCCGACUAUAACGUCUACAUGCCCUCGCGCGCGCCCGCCUGGAAGGUCUUCAUGUGGACCUACAUCGGUGUCGCCGUUCCCUGUGUGCUUGUCAUGUGGCUCGGUGCCGCCAUUGCUGCCGCGACGGCCGCCGGUGAGUUCGCCCCCGUGGGCUCGGCCAUCGCCAACUGGUGGAGCAUGUACCAGCAGCACGAGGUCGGAGGCAUGCUGCACGCCGUCAUGGUGCCCCCCAUGGGCGGCGGCGGCAAGUUCUUCAUGGUCCUCCUCGUCCUCUCGGUCGUUGCCAACAACAUCGUCAACGUCUACAGCAUGGGCAUGUCGAUCAGUGUCAUCACACACUAUCUUGCCCUCAUCCCGCGUAUCGUGUGGCCCUGCGUCAUCACUGCCAUCUACAUUCCCGUCGCGAUCGUCGGAGCCGACCACUUCGGCGAGACGCUGCACUCCUUCCUCUCCGUACUCGGCUACUGGCUCGCCAUCUUCGUCACUGUCCUCCUCGAGGAGCACUUCAUCUUCCGCCAGGCCGACUGGGGCCGCUACGACCCCGCCCUCACCUGGAACAACCGCAAACUGCUCCCGAUCGGAUUUGGUGCCCUCGGCGCGUUCUGCUUCGGCGUCGUCGGAGCUGCCAUGGGCAUGGCGCAGAGCUUUUAUGUUUCUCCCAUUGGAAAGCUUGUCGGCGGAAGCGCAAACCCCCACGGCGGAGAUAUCGGGUUCGAGCUCGCGAGCGGCUUCACCGCCGUCACGUAUCCGUUCUUCAGGUGGUUGGAGAUCAAAUACACGGGAAGGUAG